AUGAAUACAUGCGCGCGCCGGUCGCCUUCGUAUUCGGUACCUGCACGAGUACGGCGAUGCGGGCGCGGCGGCAGCUACGAGGACGAGUACCCGGUACGACGGGCGGCGAUUCGUACAUGUACCCGGGACGGCACGGUUACGAGUAGUGACGAGCGCAAGCGCGGCAACACCGUACCUGGUGCCGCACGGACGAACCUUGGCCUGAACAUUGGACGCUGGACGCUGCUCAUCCAUGUUGCUUGCAUGCAUAUAUAUCACGAAAAGCCGGGGUACUCGUUCGUUCGUUUGUUCGUUCAUCUUCCUUCAUUCGCUCGAGCAGGCGAGGAACAGAGCAAGAGCAGACCGGCACACCGCUCCCUCACUCUUCUCGCCCACCCUCAUUCCCUCGACUCUCUCCCUCACUCUCUCGACUUUCUCGACUUUCUCUCUCGAUUCUCUCGACUUUCUCGACUCUCCCGACUCCCUCAACUCUCUCGAGCACGGCACGGCCGUAAAUAUUCAUACCCCGCGGUUCGACCGCCCGACCGCCGCAUGGCCGCCUUCCAUAACCACUCGCCGUCGGGCGACACCUCCUCCAGCAGCGGCGCCGAGAAGCCGUAUGCGAAGCAGGCCGAGCAUGGGCUCACGAUGCACCCUCGCGACGCCGAGGAGGGCCACGCCUUUGCCCGCUCCGACAACCUCCAACGCUCGCUCUCGGCCCGCCAGGUGCAGAUGAUCGCCAUCGGCGGCACCAUCGGCACCGGCUUGUUCCUCGGCACCGGCAAGUCGCUCGCCACGGGCGGGCCCGCUUCCAUGCUCAUCUGCUACGCCAUCGUCGGCGCCAUCGUCUUCGUCACCAUGCUCUGCCUCGGUGAGAUGGCCGCCUUCAUCCCCGUCGCCGGCAGCUUCUGCACCUAUGUCGGCCGCUUUGUCGACGACGCCUUUGGCUUCGCCCUCACCUGGAACUACUGGUUCAAUGAUGCCGUGUCGACGGCCUCGGACCUCGUCGCCCUGCAGCUGGUUUUGCAGUACUGGACGGACAACUUCCCCGGCUGGGCCAUCAGCCUCAUCUUUUGGGUCGCCCUCAUCGCCGUCAACGUGGCCACGGUCAGAGCCUAUGGCGAGAUCGAAUACUGGCUCAGUCUUCUCAAGGUCAUCACCAUCUUUGUCUUCAUCAUCAUGGGCAUCGUCGUCAACUGCGGCGGAAACGUCGACGGCCACUACAUUGGUGUCGAGAACUGGCACAUCCCCGGCGCCCCCUUUGUCGGUGGCAUCGGCGGCUUCGCUUCGGUCUUCGUCACGGCCUCGUUUGCUUUUGGCGGCACCGAAUCCAUUGCCAUCACGGCCGGCGAAACCAAGAACCCGGCGAAGAACAUGCCACGCGUCGUCAAGAAUGUCUUUUGGAGAAUUCUCCUCUUUUACAUCCUCUCCGUUCUGCUCAUCGGUCUCAACGUGCCGUACAAUUAUCCCGGUCUGAGCUCGAAGAAGACGAGCACGUCGCCCUUCACCAUCGUCUUCCAGAUGACGGGCGCCAAGGCGGCCGGCAGCGUCAUCAACGCCAUCAUCAUGACCAGCGUCCUCUCGGCCGGAAACCACGCGCUGUUCGCCGGUGCGCGCCUCAUGUACACGCUCGGCAUGGAGGGCCACGCCCCGCGAGUCUUUGCCCGGCUCAACAAGCAGCAGGUGCCUUGGGUCGCCGUUCUGACGACGGGCAUGGUCGCCGGCCUCUGCUUCGGAUCCAGCUUCAUCGGCGCCGGCCAGCUUUGGACGUGGCUGCAAAACCUCGUCGGCGUCUCGAACCAGCUGAGCUGGAUAUCCAUCGGCAUCGCCUCCCUGCGCUUCCGGGCCGGCCUCGAGCGCCAAGGCAAGACGCACCUGCUACCCUUCAAGAACUGGACGUACCCGCUGGGGCCCUGGAUCGCCGUGGUGCUCAACAGCUUUCUCGUGCUCGUGCAGGGUUGGAGCUGCUUCAAGCCCCAUUUCGACGCGCUCAGCUUCGUCAGCUUCUACAUACAGCUGCCCAUCAUGCUCAGCAUGUUCCUGGCCUGGAAGACGAUGAAGAAGACCAAGUUUGUCAAGUUGGACGACAUGGACUUUGAGACGGACGUGUACACGGCCGACGUCGAAAAGAAGGACGGCGCGGGCUGGCGAUGGAAGCUGAAGAAUGCCAUGUCCUGGUUGUUUUAG